UUUGAGGGCGGCACUUGAGUACCGGCGCUUCAGUCCUGCGCCGCCAUGGCGCUGAGCGGCGGUUGGUGGCGGAGGGCGGUGUCGCGGUUGAGGGGCGCCGGGGAGCUGCUGAGGGGCGAAGCCUGGGCCUGGAGAGGGAAGGGGCCGCCCAAGUAUAGCUCCGGCCGUGGUCCCGGGCCUCCCGCCAUCUCCGAGCUCGACAAGGCGGACGCCUGGCUGCUCAGGAAGGCUCACGAGACCGGUUUCCUUUCCUGGUUUCGGAACGGCUUGCUGGCGACCGGCGUUGGCGUGAUCUCUUACGUCCAGAGCGACAUGGGGAGGGAAGCCGCUUACGGUUUCUUCAUCCUCGGUGGGAUCUGCGUCUCAUACGGCAGUGCCUCCUACCUGGUCAGCCUCUUCCUCCUCCGCCGCACCAUGAUGCUGUCCUUCUCCACGGCGCUUCUGAACUGCACCGCUGUCACCACAGUGGCCCUGUUCUGGCUGUGCGCCAUCUCCCUCUACAUCGGCCGGCUGGAGGUGGAGAUCAUCCAGGACGACCCCAGUGACAAAUGCCAGGAUAAGAAGAAGGAGGACGGCAAGUCAGAGAAGUGAAGGCCAGCUCAGUGUUUGUGGACAAACCCUUGGGAAUGCAACAAACUCUGUGGACUGACUCUGAUGGCAGCCUACGCGACACAUUUGGGUCCUUCUGCCCCUUGGGGCAAAGGGCAAAAAGGAGAGAUGGCAAAUGACAGUAGAGCGGGAUGUGUUUGCUGCUUUGUAUUUAUUUCUGGUUUUCCAGAUGAGCUCUGGAAAGUGACAGUUGCAAAAAUCAGAUGAUUGGGAAGACAAAGAAUUGCUCAAAGGGAGUUCUGCUGAGCUGGUGAGCCAGCCUCCCACCUGGAAGCAUGCAUUUUGGCUAAGCUGGGGCAACAGAACAAGGGACUAUUCUGUUGAGGUCCAGGCUCUUGCUCUGCCCCCACUUCCCUUGCAAAUUCUGAAGCCAUGUUCAACUAAAAAUAUCCACAUAAUGGCCCGUUUCAUUUGUACCCCCGAUACACAGCUUGCCUCUGCUUUGCUAGUGUUACUUAUGCUCCAAAUCCAUCAUCAUUGCAUGUCAGAAGUGUAUCUCUUCUGCCAUUGCAGCACCCCCUCUCUCCACCUGUCAAGAUCAGUUGAAAUUUGUAUUAAAGAUACUAAACUCUG